GCUUGGCGGGAACCGAGUCCCUUCCGUCCCCUCUCCUCGCCGCCGUGACGUUGGCUCGCUUCAAUUCCGCCAUGGUUGUUCACAAUCUCCCGCCUCCUUACUCAGCAUCACCAGCACUUCUUCCACGUCCAUCCCCCACGUCCAUGGAUUGCAACAAGAAGAAGAAACGGAAGAGCACCACCGGUGCUUCCAGCAGCAGCAGCAGCAGAGCCACGGCAGCCGCCGGCAUGACCAUCGGCAGCGAACCAGAUAUCAAAGCAAGCAGCCGCAGCAAGAAUAACAUUAACGACGACGAGGAGAGAGGAGCUGGAGCUUUCUCAGACAUCGAAGAUUAUGGCGAAGAAGAAGCCGUUAGAAUUAGGGCAUCUUUGUUGGAGUGGUACGACCGCAAUCAGAGGGUUCUUCCCUGGAGGACGACGACGGCGGCGGUGAAGACAGACACAUUUUCACUCAACGGCGACCACAGCGGCCAUGACGAACAGGGGGAUUUUGAAACAAGGGCUUAUGCCGUAUGGGUUUCUGAAGUUAUGCUUCAGCAGACCAGGGUCCGAACCGUGAUCGACUAUUACAACCGAUGGAUGCUUAAAUGGCCUACUAUUCAACACCUUGCCAAGGCUUCUCUCGAGGAGGUAAAUGAGAUGUGGGCAGGUUUGGGUUAUUACCGACGUGCACGUUUUCUUUUAAAGGGAGCAAAGAUGAUUGUUGAAGGAGCUGAGUUUCCUAGAACAGUCUCAACUCUUCAGGAGGUUCCAGGAAUAGGAAGGUAUACUGCUGGUGCAAUUGCCUCAAUAGUAUUCAAUGAGGCAGUGCCCGUGGUCGAUGGGAAUGUAGUUAGGGUAAUUGCCAGACUAAAGGCUAUUUCUGCAAAUCCAAAAAGUUCAGCAACAGUGGAGAAAUUCUGGAAACUAGCAGGGCAACUAGUUGACCCCUGCAGGCCUGGAGAUUUUAACCAGGCUCUCAUGGAACUAGGAGCAAUCAUAUGCACAAAAUUGAGCCCAAGCUGCUCUACAUGUCCUCUUGCAAGUCAGUGUUGCGCACUGUCAGCCUGCAAAGAGUCUAAAUCAGCAGUAGUUACAGAUUAUCCUGUAAAGGUGAUAAAGGCAAAAAAGAGGCAUGAUUAUUCCGCUGUUUGUGUUGUAGAGAUCUUGGAAGGCCAUGAGAUACUGGAGGGACCUCAAUCUGAAAGUAGAUUUCUUAUUUUAAAGAGGCCAGAUGAAGGUUUGCUUGCUGGCCUCUGGGAGUUCCCAUCUGUCCUGUUAGAUGGAGAAGCUGACUUGGCCACGAGGAGAAAAGUAAUUGACUUUUUUCUAAAGAAGUCAUUUAAUCUUGACACAAACAACUACAGCAUAAUUUUGAGGGAAGAUAUUGGAGUAUAUGUCCAUGUUUUCACUCACAUACGUCUCAAGAUGUAUGUUGAGUUCUUGGUUUUACAUAUUAAAGGUGGGAUGAAUGCCUUGCAUGGAAAAUUGGAUGAAGAAACUAUGGCUUGGAAAUGUGUUGACAGCAAUGCUCUUUCAAGCAUGGGGUUAACAUCUGGAGUAAAAAAGGUUUACACUAUGAUCAAGAAAUUUAAGCAGAGUACCCUUAGAUUUAAUCCCCACCAAAAGCUAGGAAAAAGAAAGGAACUUCGAGCAAAUAAAAAUUCAGAUCUCAACUUUGUUGCAUGAACUACAAUGGAGGUUAGUUCUUGCGGUCAAUCAACAAGUGCAGUUUGUGGAGCAUGGUUUUCUAGCUCUUCCAACGUGCAGGUUUCAAGCAAAGCCUAAAGUUUGUUAAGAUCGUAUUUAUGAAUUUGAUUGUCUGAGGUACAAAGUCCUGAGUGUAUUUCAAGAAAAUAUGAAUGCAUUGAGAAUGCAGAAAGAAUUGAAAAAGAAAGAAAAGUGAUCCACAAAUUGCCUCCUUGGAUUUAUAUUGAACCCCUGGACCUUUUCUGUAGUGUUCUUUUUUAAGGGAUUGCCCAUGGUCUGGGGAUGGGGCUAUCUGCAUUUUUAUUUACUUAUUUAUUUUUGGUCUAAUGGCUUCCAAAUAUCUCUGAAAAAUAUUUUGUUUUGUAAUUUUAAGUAUCCCAGCAAAAA